AACCUUGGCGACGACCCAAAACCUCCCCACGUAUCGAUCGAUCAACGUUCCCAAUGGCGGCGGCCACUCGGUCCUGGUCCCUCUUCCUCACAUGCUUCCACGGCAGCGGCUCCGACGAGAGCGGCCGCCUCGCGCUGCGAUCGCGGUACCCGUCCAUGCCGCGGGGACCGAGGGCGGCAGCAGCGAUCGCCGGCGAGGGUACUGCCGGAGGAGAAGGCGGGUCAGCCGUCGUCGUUGAUCUGGAGGCGGCGGCUGCGGAGGAGGAGGAGGAGAAGGUGGCGGUGUUCGCGGUGUCCGGAAUGACCUGCGCCGCGUGCGCCGGCUCGGUGGAGAAGGCAGUAAAGCGGCUCCCCGGCAUCCACGAGGCCGCCGUCGACGUCCUCGGCGGCCGCGUGCAGGUCGCCUUCUACACGGCACUCGUCUCGGUGAGCAUCGGAUACUCGACUAUAUUCCUGCGCGCCCGUGUGCAUCUCUCUUUCUGCCCGGACCCUUUUGCGUGUUUUUCUCAUGGGCCGCUUCCAGAUCGAUUGGUGCUUCUGCGCGGUUCUUUUUCGAUGUUCCUGGGCUGACUCUGCUUAUGGUCCGUGGCCAACAAUCGGUCUGCGUGGCCUUCAAUGUCUUUAGCCCACACCAUUCAAAUCCAACACCUCGGCUCUAUCUUCUGCGUUUCCAUUUUUGGGAUCAGCCAACGAGCAUAUGUAUGGAAUAUUUUAGGGAACAAUAUGUUCUUUGGUUUGCUAAUUAACUUAGGCUCAGUGCAACAUUGGAGUCUAGACUCCAAUACUAGAAAAUUAAAUUAGCCGUUGAAUUUUCAGAACCGAAUAAAUUUGGUCAUAUGCUUGACUCAAAAUGGUUUGAUGGAUAGCAUGACAGUGGUGUUGCACAAGUUGCAGCCUAGUCAAAAAGUAAAAAAUGUGAAACUUCAUAUAUUUCAAAGCAGGAUAAAUUUGGAAAAUACUGAGUUUUGUUUCAACUCUAUAAUUUUCAAAAUAAUAGUUUUAGGAUUUUUAAUGAAAAUAUAAAUAACUUGUGUAUAUAGAUUCAAAAAAAAUACAGCACGAAUAUUGCGCAAUUUAUGACCCCCCCCCCAUAUUUUUUUUGGGAUUUUCGCUUUGUUACUAAAAUACUUAGAAUAACUUCAUGUUUGCUUGUUAACUUUUGUACUUGAUUUUAGAUUUUAUUUACAAAGAUUAUUCUUCAUAUUUUUUAAAUUAAGCAUAUAUAGUUAAAUUACAUAAUUAUUAUUUAUUAUACUUGUUUGUGUUGAUGACUAAAUUGUCAUGUAUGUGAAACCAUUGCCACUUCGUCCUUGAAAGAACUUUGGAGCAACAUCAAUUGCUCCUGCCUAGUUCCUCCUCGAGCAUAGUCAUGGUAGAGCUACAAGAGGCAUUGGGAUUAUUGUGGUAGAGCUAUGACUGUCAGCUUUUGCCACUCUGACAUCAUUUUUUUGGACGAAGGGUGACCAUAUGGGGUCAUAGCGAUGACAAAUUUGUACAUGUCUCUUGCUCUUCCUUUCAUUGUGAUGCCUAAGGGAAGCACCCUAAUUUUGGCUUAGUGUUCACACCCUCCACCUCUAGAAAGCGAGAUAGUGGUGUUGUGACGACCUCUCCAUCCCUAGAGGUUUUGUCUUCGCUGAUGAUGAGGUUGGUUCGAUGCUAAAAUCUCCACGAAGAAGGACCAAAUUGCAAUUCACUAGGCUUUCUUGAAUUGGGUUCAUAGGAUGCCAGAAUAGUGGAAGUACCAUCAUCGCAUCACGUGCCUAAAGCAAAUGGUUUAUAUAGAUUGAGAAAUGGUUUCUAUAGAAUGAGAUAUAGUUAAAUGAACCUUUAAUGCUUCACGAACAUUCUUUCCUUAUAAAUUUACCCAAGAUCCAAACAUCUCAAUCUCUUCAUAUGUUAUUCAUGUUAAACUUCUCUUUUCGGGCCCUUCUCAAGUUCAAAGUUAAAAGUGUGAGUAGAGUGAUGUUGUCGUGUAUAUGUGCAGAUAUACCUUUGAUAAAUGUGUAAGGAAAGAGAAUAG